AUGCUCGUCCGCAUCCGCGCACCCAACGGCAACCACAGGUUCACCCUCGAACCCUCGGACGACAUCAGCGUGCUCGUGCAAAAGAUCCUCGAGACGUCGAACGAGAUCGACCCCGACACGCUUGCGCUCUCGAACCAGCCGCGAGGAGGAGAGAACCCCGUCUCGGGCAUCACGGGCGACUUGGCUUCCCUCGGGAUCAGCCACGGAGACCUCCUCUUUGCUUCCUACAAGACCCGAGCAGCACCCUCUGCCCUCUCGUCCCAUCCCGCUUCCGGCACAGCAACUCCGACCACCUCUUCCUCCUCUCACGCCGCAACCCUCUCCGGCAAGCCCGUCCCGCUCGACUCGCUCCCCAUCGCCUCAACUUCCGCCUCUGCCUCGACUUCUCUCGCGAAUGGAUCGAACGACAAGCAGACUGCUGUGAGGAGACCGUGGGAAGAGGCGAAGGAGGACGAGGUCGACCGGUAUUGGGAGCAGAAGGAUGGCAAGAUUGCGAGGCCGAAGGGUCAGCAUGGGUGCAGAUGUGGGCCGAAGAGCAUGUGUAAUCACUGCAUGCCGCUCGAGCCCUUCGACGCCGAAUACCACGCUUCGCAUAACAUCAAGCACCUCUCGUACCACGCCUACCUGAAGAAGCUGCACGCCUCGAUCCCAUCCUCAGCACAAUCCUCGACCUACAUCCCUCCCCUCUCGGAAGAAUCCUACCGCGUCGCCGUCCCUUGUUCAUCCGGCUCGCACCCUCCCUGGCCCGCCGGUAUCUGCACAAAGUGCCAGCCUUCCGCCAUCACCUUGACGCGCCAGCAAUACCGAAUGGUCGACCAUGUCGAAUUCGCCAAUCCAGCUCUCAUCGACGGUCUCCUCGGAUUCUGGCGCCAAACGGGCACACAGCGGUUUGGGUACCUCCUUGGAACGUACGCGCCGUAUGAGGAGGUUCCGAUGGGCGUCAAGGCGGUCGUUGAGGCGAUCCACGAGCCGCCGCAGGAACCGCAUGCGGACGGCAUCACGGUUGGCUUUCCUUGGGAGGAGGAGGCGAAGGUCCAGGCGCUCGCAGACGCGUGCGGGCUGCAGAUUGUCGGCGUCAUCUUUACCGACUUGACGCCCGACACCUCUUCCGAGGACGCGAAGAAGGCGGACAAGGUCGUCGCGAAGCGGCACGCCAACUCGUUCUUCCUGUCGAGUCUGGAGGUCCUCUUCUCCGCUUCGCUGCAGCGCAAACACCCCACCGCCUCGCGCUUCUCGAUGACCGGCCGUUUCUCGUCUCGCUUCGUGACAUGCGUCUUGUCGGGCGACAUCCAGGGCCAGAUCGCUGUCGAGGCGUACCAAGUCUCGGACCAGGCGAUGGCCAUGGUCGACGCCGACAUGGUGGAGGCGAGUGUCGACCCGGGAAUCGUACGCGUCAAGGAGGAGGGUCCGACGAGGUACAUCCCCGACGUGUUUUACCGCUACAAGAACAAGUACGGACUCGAGGUCAAGGAGAGCGCCAAGCCGUGCUUCCCGGUCGAGUAUCUCCUCGUCAACGUCACGCACGGCUUCCCCGUCUCGCCCAACCCGCUCUUCACCUCCCCCACGCCCUUCACGCACGAGAACCGCGCAGGACUGCAAGACCAGACCCUCUCCUCGGUCGCCUCGUCCUUCCUCGCACUCGCAAAGGACAUCCCGGCGGAACUCUUGUCGGGCACGGUUGGCACGAAUGCGGAUCCGGGCGAGAGGGAGAAGGAGCUGGAGGUGCUGAGCGCGGAUGAGGGGGUGGAAAAGGUGGCGAGGUGGCUGAGCGACUGGCACUUGUUGCGUUUCUUGACUGACUGCGGCAUGUUCGAAGAGAACGAUCUCCGCCUGAUGUGCCGCAUCGCGACCAUCCGCCCGACAGACCGCUCGAUCGCCUCGCAGCGCGAGCUUGCGACCGUCCUGGCGCAGCUGUUCGCUUCGCCAGGUUGGCAGACCUUCAUGGUUGUCGCGCAAGAGCAGGCCCCUGCCCCUCCGCCUCGCACCUAUCCCGGCGGUUCCGACUCCUCCGCCCAACAACAGCCGACUCAGACGCUCGACGGCUUCGACAUCCCUCCCGACAUCGACAUGCCUCCCGAGACGUCUGCUUCCGGCUCCGGCGCUGCAGCCGACUUGGGCGCAGCGGGAGGAGCAAAGGUCUGCCCGCAUUGUACGUUCGAGAACCCGCCUGACGCGGGGGCGGACUGCGAGGUGUGUGGGUUGCCGUUGUCGGGUUGA